AUGAUAAAGGACCAACCGUUCGCGCUGCUUAGGAACGGGCAUAUAUUAUCGACAAAUUCAUGUAAUUCUGCGAGACAAAAUGCGGGAUUCAAUCUGGAAAAAUAUGAUCCCUAUCUCGACAAAAUUCGAGCGCUCUUCGUGCCAAGUCUAGAACACAAGGUGCAUUCCUUGCUGGAAGAGUUCGUGUACAGCGAGGAUUCUCGAUGGACCAAGCGAUUUUCACGUUUUAAGAAAUUCAUCAACGCGAUAAUCGUAUGGAAAGAUUGUCUGAACGCCGAAUACGAUAUGGAGGAGUUGAUAAAGACCGUUAAAUGCAUAAUGAAGGAUGAAUUAGCUGCCAGCUUUUUGGAUUCCAUUCUUCUGCAUCGUAGAUUGAACAAAAUUUGUCACGAGCUGGACACAUUGGGGAUCGAGGAUGAUAUUUUGGGAAGUUUCGACUGUUGGAUGGAGUGCAACCAUUUUGUGAAUCCCAACACCGCGGAGAAUUGUAACACGCGGAUUUCGAGCGCGGCGGCGUCCUACGACGCGAAAGGAUCGACAAGGUGCGAGAAAGAUGUCGAGUCAUUAGCGACGAGCGAUGUUUAUCGUGACGGAAGUACCGAGCCUACGAUGACGUCGGAGUAUCGAGCGCGGAAACAUCAGCAAGUUUUUGACUCGAAUGAAAAUUCUCCUCGACGAGGGAUCGACAAUCCGAGUCAAUCCGCACGCGAUGGAUCGCAAAAUAACGACAUCAUUAAAAUGCACGGAACUCCCAAUGAGAAUGUCAAAUUGUUCCAAUUUCGCGAUGUGAAAUUGGAAAAAGUACGAAACAGUUCGAGAUUAAAAAUCGUUAUUCGUUGGAGAUAUUUGGAAGAUCGCGGCUGUCCGACACUCUCAAGAUCCGUCGUCGCUCGUAUUUUCUUACCCUGCAAGCCGAGCGACUUGAUGAAGCGAAUUUUUACGGCCGAUCCGUCGCUGACCGAAUCCUGCUUGAUAGUAAUGAAACGGAAGUUUGAGAUCAGCAUACGCAACGUCUGCUCGUGUCUCAACGACGUCCUCGGGAAUUUAGACGUCGCGUUUAUACGGAAGUUACGUCUCGACUGCAAGAUACAUGCGGGAUAUAUUAGCUUCAAAUUAAAAAUCGGCGACGCGGGCAAUAAAUGUCUCUUCGUCACGAGAGUGCCGAUUUGUCAGAAUGUUCGUAAACGUGCAAUCCGACAAGAUUUCGUUGUCCUCGCUUGUAACUCGAAGCUGAGUUCUGAAACGAAAAAGUCAAAGUGUUUCAAACAGUGCGAGAACGAUGAUAACAAUGAUGCACUGGCGCGUCUCGAUGAAAAGAGUGAAAAGUUAGACGAUAUACGCUGCUCGAAGUUACAUCGAAGCCUCGUAAAAGACACGACGAUAAGAGCGUCGCAGAACAAGGAGGCGAAAAGUAGCAGCGAAGACGGAAUCGUGUGCACAAGUAUUGAAGAUGUUUCAAAAUGUAAGGAUGUUACGAUUUCCUGUUGCGGCAAAUUGUGCGAGAAUAUUGCCGAAGAAAUAUCCGACAUAACGUUGUAUACCAAUAAUUCUGAAGAAAAAAAUGCGGAAUAUUGCAGGAGUUUGAACUCAAAAGAAAAUGAUUACGACGCGAAAUGUGGAAAGGAAGCUGUCGAUAGUUUGAUCGCGCAAAACGACGAAUCCACGCGAUCGGUAAACGAUAUUAAUUGCCGAUGCUGGUCACACAAGAAUUUUAUUGCGAUAAAUAAUGAAGCCGGACAGAUUUUUCCUACGAAAAAUUUAGAUAGCUUCUCGCAGACUGCAGACAUCAAUGAGUACGAUUGGAUUUGUUCGUCGGAAUCAAAUAGGAAUGAAGAUUGCAAUGCUAAUACGUGCAGUAUUGCGACAUUCGUGCAAAACUCAGAGCGCGACAAACAAUUAGUGGAAUUAAACUGUAAUCGUUUGUCGAGCGACGAUGUGAAAGCGAUUAAUAAACAAUCGGAGGACGAUAAUUCUUUAGCAAAGACAGAAAUUGAAUGUGACUCAAGUUGUUCUUGUCGAUAUACCGAUUUCAUAAAUAUCACAGUCAUCGAUAAUACUUCCGAAAAGAGCAUCGUUCGCGAAGCGUCUCGGGAUGUUGGCGAUGCGCUGGAAAUUCCAAGUACCAACUUUUCCAAGACAGUAUUAUUUGAGAACAAUAAUUCGGCUUUCGUCCGAGCGCCUAAAUUAAAAAUAUCAUCGAAGGAUAUCGAUGUGGACGUAAGUUGUUCUCGAACCAUAACUUGGCUGGCGUCCGGCGACGAUAGAACUGUGUCCACCAUCGCGAAGAUGCGCGAUAGCCGCGACGACACGUUUUCUUCCACUCGCGCUUUCAUUGUCCCAAGGAAAGAAAAGCGAAUUCUUGAUAGAACUAAUUUCGUCAAGUCACCUAAUCGACUUUCUACGUUAGAAAGAAUAAGAAGUUCCGAUAUUCCGACAGAGAGCUAUUUUUGCGCGAAGAACCACGUGACGCCUGGCAUAUCGCGAAAAUCUCACAAGUUGAGAAAGUCGAAAUUUGGCAGAUGCGGAUGCUCGUCGAACGGUAUUGACAACGCAACUUCCGCCACGAUGCUCAAGUAUAGAACGACGUCUCGGCAGUAUCGAGAUGACGACGAUUUCGUUGACGCGCGAACGCUCGUGAUGACGAGCUUUCGCGAUUCCGUCGAUAGAUCUAUCGAAGGAAUAAAGUAUCUUCGCGCCAAGUUGAGAAGAGUGUUGUUUAAGAACAAAGUCAAAACAAAAAGGAACUAA